CCCAAAUAAAUAGCAAAUCCAUAAAACCAGUGAAACGUAGGGAUAAAAUCCAUAAUAAAUAAAUCCGUUAAAAUAGAGGUUAAAAUGCAGUCUCUCUCCUCGCCCGAUCGCAGCACACCGCCUUCUGUCUCCAUGGCUCACCCUACACUGGCAUUGCGGUGGAGCCUCUGCAGCACGAACUGCUUUCUGCCAACCUGUCUUGGCUGCCACCACACUGCUCAGCCAGACCGUCCGAGGUCAGCACACCUCCCGUCUUCCUUUGCGCUCACUCAGUCGCUCCUCAGAUCCAUUGGGAGGUCUUACAUUUCACUCGCCCCACUCUACACGCUUAGUCAGUGGGGUGAACCAGCCCCUAGAUCGCCUCAGCCUGCGCUCCCUCACAGAGCCCCUGCUUGUGCUGCCUUCACCCUCCUGGUGUCUGGAUAGUCUCCCAUGACUGCCUUUCCCCUUCUUUAACCUCCGUGUGUUCUCUGUUUUCUUUUUUCCUUCUCCCUAUCCUGCCGGCCCAUACGUCUCCAUGGGUGCAGAGCCUUAUUCACACGCUGCAGUAAGCCGAUGAAGCAAUUGAGAACGAUCGGGUGCGACUUGACCCAAAUCACCCCAUCAACUCCCUGUGGUCGUGCAAUCGCGCCCACGGUGAACUGGAUUUUUGAAGCCACGGACCCACUAUACCACAAAUAGCAUUAUACAUACAAAAAGUACUGUAACAUCUAGAUGGAUGUGAAAGAGGAGACGUGGGAGGAGGAUACAAAGAUCAUGAAGAUAACUGUAAAUAUUAAGGAGGAAGACUGUGAAUGGGAGUCCAUCCAUCCUAAACAGGAGAGUGUGGGUAUUAAAAAGGAGGACUGUGAACUGGAGGCAGUGGGAAUUAAAGAAGAGGCUGAAGAGAAGCCUAUCAGCGUUGAGGUACACAAACCUAAAGCUAUGGAGAGUGUAGAGGAAGAUAACCUUCAUUAUGUGUGUCGAGAUGGAGUGGUGACCCGGUUAGUCUCUUCUCAAAGCAGACCCUGUUCAUCAUUAGAGUCUUCGGUCAGUGUGAGGUCUGAAUCAUUACAGUCUGAUCCAAAGAGGACUGAGGAAAUUUCAUCCGUUAGAACUCCAAAAGGUCAGUCGCCACCAACAAAUAAGCCAAGAAAAAGAAACAACCAUCGCUGCUUUUCUGAACAUGGCAAAGAAUUCUGCGACAGAAGCAAUCUUCAAAGCCAUAAAAGAAUUCACACAGGAGAGAAGACGCAUUGUUGUAAUGAAUGUGGCAAACAGUUUUCACAAAUGAGCCAUCUUCAGUGCCACAAAAGAAUUCACACCGGAGAAAAACCAUAUUGUUGUUCUGAAUGUGGUAAACAGUUCUCUCGCAGGAGUAUUCUUCGGAUACACAUUAGAACUCACACAGGAGAGAAGCCUUAUUCUUGUUCUGAAUGUGGCAGGCGAUUUGCUCAUAUGAGUAGCCUCCAGAAACACUCUACAAUUCACACCGGGGAGAAACCAUUUUGCUGUUCUGAAUGUGGUAAACAGUUCUGUCGUAGGAGUAUUCUUAGGAUACAUAUUAGAACUCACACAGGAGAGAAGCCAUAUUGCUGUUCUCAGUGUGGCAGACAGUUUGCUCAUAUGAGCAGUCUUACAAGACACUCUACAGUUCAUACAGGUCAAGGCAACAACAGUGAAAAACUGGUAAAUGAGAUAAGUACUGAUUCUGCCAAACAGAGAUGGAAACAGUUACUCAUCUGGCUGCCAGUUGCAAGCAAGGAAGAAACGGCUGCCAUUUGCUGUAACACAAAGAUGGAUGUGAAAGAGGAGACAUAUGAGGCUGAUUUUAAAGCCAUGGAUGUAAUGACUGUAAAUAUUAAGGAGGAGGACCUUGAAGAUGAAUCUUUCCACCCUAAACAGGAGAGUCUCUGCCUUAAGGAUGAAAGUUAUGAAGUGGUAACUGUGGGCAUUAAAGAAGAGGCAGAGGAGACGACUGUCAGCAUCGAGAUGCACCAACAUAAAAUUGCGAAGUGUGGUGACCCCGCGGUGACGUCCGAAUCAUUAAAUCCUGACGUAAAGACAACAGAGGAAAUGCGGCUUGUUAACACUCUGGAAGAUCAUCCACCACCAUCAAAUCAGUCCGGAGAACGAAACCGACCUCACUGUUGCUCUGAAUGUGGCAAGCAAUUUCUUCACAAGAGUUCUCUCCGCACACACAAAAGAAUUCACACUGGAGUAAAUCUACAUUGCUGUUCCGAAUGUGGUAAAAAGUUCUCACGCGCCUCCCAUUUUCAGAACCACCAAAGAACGCACACUGGGGAGAAGCCAUAUUGCUGUUCAGAAUGUGGCAAAAAAUUCUCACUUGUGACCAGUUUUCAGGGCCACAAAAGAAUGCACGCAGGAGAGAAGCCAUAUUGCUGUUCAGAAUGUGGUAAGCAAUUCUUUGACAAGGGCACCCUGCAGAAACACACAAAAAUUCACACAGGAGAGAAGCGGUAUUGCUGUGCGGAAUGUGGAAAACAAUUUUGUCACUGGAGUGGUUUUCAGUGCCACAAAAGAAUUCACACUGGAGAGAAGCCAUAUUCCUGUUCCGAAUGUGGUAAACAAUUCUAUGACAGCAGCACUCUGCAGAAACACGCGAGAAUUCACACAGGACAAUAUCCAUAUUGCUGUUUGGAAUGUGGCCAGCAAUUCUAUGACAAGAGCAAUCUGGAGCGUCACAAAAGAAUUCACACUGGAGAGAAGCCAUAUUGCUGUUCUGAAUGUGGUAAAAAAUUCUCUGAUAAGCGGGGUCUUCAGGAUCACACUAGAGUUCACACUGGAGAGAAGCCAUAUUGCUGUAAGGAAUGUGACAAACAAUUCCGUAAUAGGAGUGGUCUUAAGAGACACUCUAGAAUACACACAAGAUAAUUUGGUGAGACAAAAGUCAUUGCUGUUCAGUAUGUGGCAAACAAUUUUGUGAUGGGAGCAAUCUUCAGAGCCACACUAGAAUACUCACAAGAGAGAAGAAAGCAAGUAUUAGGCUGAGCCCUGGCAGCAAAUCUAAGUGAAUAAAAACAGUAGCAGUGCAAAAUUCACUCUAGAGAAACAACAACACUUCAGAACUCGAGUGCAGUUCACUUCUCUUCUGAAAAGUAAGCAAACUAAUCCAUUGUUGACAAAGUAAUCCCACAGCAACAUGUGAAAUUUGAUUAAAGUCCCAAAGCAAUCUUCACUAAUGGAAAGGUAAUCUCCUCUGCAAAUAUCAACCUCGAUCAGGAAUGUGUUAUUAAAAUCUUGAAAACCCAGACGCUGCGUACAAAUCUGGGCAUUAAGGAAGGAGCAGACAUAAACCACAAGAUACUAAAACAGACUCGUCAAGGAAUACAUCGGCAGAGCAAAAAGAAUCCUUAGGACUUCCCUCACUUUGCAUAACAAAAUGCAAGCUAUAAAUCAAUUUACAAGCCUGGAUGUCAAAAGUAUCAAUUCCUAGUAAUUAUUCCAUAAUAAGAAUGGGGAAGCGAAAUAAAGUACCAGGAAAUGCUGGUGCACACUGUGUGGAGAUCAACAGGGCUAAUAACUUUUAGUCCCAUUUUGAGAGCAUAACAGUUACCAUAACUCUAUUUGAAUUUCAAAAAUGGGUGUUAUUAAGAUCAAUACUGGUGCUAUGCCGAGACUAUUCUGACUAAAGAAUGAGGUUCACUUUUGAUAUUAAGCACACCAGGAAAAAGUAACCCAGAGAGAUUACCUUUUAACGAAAUAAAUUUCUAGGCCCAUUUAGCUGGGAUAAUGCAAGUACUACGCCAGGCCCUAACAGCAAAUCUUGAAGAAUAACAACACAAAUCCCACAGAACAGAAAAGUGCCCCCCUUUUUCCUCCCUUCUGCACCAGGGCAGGUAAAGGUGGUAGCAAUAGUGCAACAUGUUGAGGGGAAGAAAAGACCUCCAUUGUGUAAAUCUCCAGAUGGGUAGUGCUGCUGAUCCCACCACAAAAGAAACGGAGCUAAUGAAGGCCUACAUAGAAGGAAUGAGAGCAAUUCUCAAUAACACGACAAAGAAACAGCAUGGAUAACCAACUGCGAUGCACUUGGGUUAUUUCCAUUUCCAAGAGUAAUGGACUGAGGUAACAGCAGAAAAGGAAAAAAUAAUAAUAAUUCUAAAUUAUUGCUGUUUGUAAGGCGCUUGAUCCAGACGCUGUACCUAACUUCAGAGUAAAACACAGUUGAAGUCGGAUGUUUCCCUACACUUAAAGUGAAUUCUUUAAAUCUCACUUCAUAACCCUCCACAGAUUUCAUACUAACAAAGUAUAAACAAGCUAUGUAAACUUUUCCAUAUCGUUUCAGACAUCUGCUUUGUGCGGGGCAAAAUUAAUAUUUUCCAAUAAUGUUCACAGACCUCAGAAUUUUACACUUUUUAUUGACUAUAUCACAAUUCAGUUUGGUUCAUAAUAUGACAUACACUUUGUUAAUAUUUAACAACUGUUAAUGUUUAACUUGAGCCAAACGUUUUGGGUAGCCUUCCACAGGCUUCUUACAAUAAGUUUCUGGAAUACUGUCCUGCUCCUCCAGACAGAGCUGGUGCAACAGGGACAGGUUCUUGGGCCUCUUUGCUCACACACACGUUUUCAGUUCUGUCCACAAAUUUUCAGUUGGAUUGAGGUCAGGUCUUUGUGAUGGCCACCCCAAUACCUUGAUAUUGCUGUCCUUAAAGCCAUUUAGCCACAACUUUGGAGGUUUGCUUAGGGUCCUUUUCCUUUUGGAAGGCCCAUUUGUGUCUGAGCUUCAGCUUCCUUGCUGAGCUCUUGAGAUGUUGCUGCAGUAUAUCUCCAUCAUAUGAUGCCAUCUAUUUUGUAAAGUGCACCAGACCAUCCUGUAGCAAAACACCCCCACAACAUGAUGCUUGACACCCCCCAUGCUUGACAGUUGGGAUGGGAUUCUUUGGCUUGCAAGGCAUGACAAUGGUCAUUAUGACCAAACAGUUCAAUCUUGGAUUCAUCAGACCAGAGGACUUUUCUCCAGAAUGUAAGAUUUUUGUCCCUGCAAACUGGAGUCUGUCUUUUUUGUGGUGGCUUUGGAGCAGUGGCGUCUUCCUUGCUGAGCAGCCUUUCAGGUUAUGUCAAUAUAGAACUCAUUUUGCUGUGGGUAUAGAUACUUCUUUACCUGUUUGCUCCAGCAUCUUCACAAGGACAUUUGCUGCUGUUCUGGGAUUGAUUUGCAUUUUUCAGUGCCAAAGUAUGUUGUUCUUCAGGACACAGAAUGUGUCUCUUUCCUGAGUGGUAUGGCAGCUGUGUGGUUCCAUACCACUGUAUACCACUGUUCCAUACUUACUGUAUGUAUUAUUUUUUGUAGAGAUGAAUGUGGAACCUUCAGGCAUUUGGAACUUGUUCCCAAGGAUGAACCAGAUUUGUGGAGGUCCUAAAUUAGUUGGCUGAUUUCUUUUGAUUUUCCCAUUAUGUCAAGCAAAGAGGCAUUAAGUUUGAUGGCAGGCCUUAACAUAUACAUCCAUGUGUUGAUUCCAAUUAGGCUAUUUGGCUAUCAGAAGCUAAUUGCCUAAAGACUUGACAUCAUUUUCUGGAAUCUUCCAAACUGUUUAAAGGCUCAUUUAGCAAAGUUUAUGUAAACUUGUGACCCACUAUGAUAUAUUCAAUAAAAGUGAAAUACUCUGAGGACUGUGAACAUUGUUGGAAAAAAUUACUUUGGCCCUGCACAAAGUAGAUGUCUUAAAUGAUAAGUCAAAUUUAUACUUUUUAGUUUAAAAUCUGUGUAGGGGUUAUAAAGUGAGUUUUACAUAAUUCGCCCUAAGCAUAUGUAAACUUCUGACUUCAGCUUUAAAAUGCUGGGUGAUUAUAAAAAUGUGGUAAUACAGUAACCACAGAUGACAAUACAUUUAUUCACUAUGGUGAAAAUGAUCCUGCUUCCAAAAUCAGAACAAUCCAAUUUUCUUUCUGUCCGAUACCUGCCUCUCCACCAUAUGCAAGUUUCUCACAGCAGCGGACACAGAUAGAUAUAAUUAACAAAUAUCUGGAUCAAAACAACUUAAUCGCCACAGAAAGGAAAUAAAAGAAAGUCAUAUGGUACUAAAGGACAAUUUCUGUGAAAUAAUGUUGUGAUGGAAUGCUUCAAGAAAGCCAGUAACAAAAUGUGACCAAAAAUCUGGGUCUAUCACUGUUUCAGCUUCUUGCCUUCAGUGUUUGAGUAGUUGGACAAGUUGAGUUGAGUUGUACAAAUUAAAAGUUCUUAUGCUUAUAAAAUGGCAUGGGUUAAUUUCAACAAAGCCUUCAACACUGUACUGUAAGAGUAGAAUUUGAAUCCUGGUCCAGUGUGCACCUAGCAUGUGUCUGAGUCUCAUAUCCUUCUGAGCUUAUGCUUAAAGGCUGAUGCUGUUUUUUUUUUAUUUACUAUGAUGAAUGCAUUUUUGUUAUUUUUAUAUAACUCUUAAGAGAAAAUGUUAUGUUUUAAGGUAUAAUCAUUGUUCUAUUGUGAUGCUUAAGUACUAAGUUUCCUGUUGAUGUACAACAGCUGGAUUAUAAAUUAGACCAUUGUUUGACAAACCAUGAGAAUUACGGGAUGAACAUGCAAAAUCUCACACGUCUCUUAAAAUAAGAAUAAUAAAAGUAAGUUUAAAAAGUCACAUACACCACCCCUAAGCUAACAGGACUAUCAAUCAACCUAGUGGACGGGGUUACAUUGUGGUCAUUUAAAGUAUCUACGUUUGUCAUGUCCCAUUACCAACUGGGUGUAACCAGUCAUGUUAAAAGUGUUCUGAUUAUGUAAUGAAUUCCUUUUUUUGAGUAGUGACCUAAUCAAUGAAUUGUAUAAAUAUAGUGCAGAGGACACUUAUUUUUUUUCUUUGCAACAUUUAACUAAUAUGCCGUUUGCCUCUUGCAAGAUUUAGAUAAAGAAUAAUGAUUGACGCUUUCUCCUGCCUGUGUUUUAUUGCUCAAAUUGGGGCACUCCAGUGAUGCAGGGGGUGGUCAUCUGUUAAAAAAAUUUCUUCCACAGUACAGACUCCACCCUGUCCUGAUGAGUUUCAUUUAAAUCACCUGGCACCACUGGCAAACAACCUUGCAGCUUCAACAUGAUAAAGGACCGAUCACAAUCCCAAACAUAAAAAGAAUAGUUUGAAGCGGCUCAUUUUCACCCACCUACUUCUGUCAAGUAAUAAAUCUGUUAAGAACCCUUCUGAAUAAUGUUGUGGAGAAAAAAAAGAAGGGUCUUCAGAAAGGCAGUCAGAAUUUAAGACUUUACUGCACAGCAUAGAAAACAAUUGCAGAGCACAUAAAGCCUGUCUCAGUUCAUGAAGUGAGCCCCAAAUAUAUGACAAUUCUUAUCACAAAAUGCCCCUCUUCCAGACUCAUUUCCCAACAUCUACUGUAUGGAGUUUCCCAUGAUGUUGUCUGCACUCAGCACCUUUACCCAUAACAAUCACCUGGUGUUCCAGACCUUCUCAUAACAAUAUUUUAGCUGACAGGACAUAUUUGCCAUCUGGCGAUAAGCAUCAUCCGAUUACCCCUCCCUUCAUUCUUACGGCCUAAUCCUGAGCUGUUAACAUCGAUGUCCUGUCAGUUGUUAAUCAAUUCUUAACAAUUAAGUUGAAAUCAGAAGGAUCCAUAUAUGAAAACUGGACUGCCUAAUUAUAAUU